GUUUAAAUUAUGAAGAAAGCGAAGAGAACGAGUUCGGCAUCUGGUAGCGACCAGAUGAAGAAUAUAUUGAAGCAACUGUUUUAUAAGAUAGCUGAGUAUAAGAGGUAUUGUAGAAGGUCUGGAGCUGGGUUUGGCACUCCUUUCAAAGAGACCCAGAAUUUGACUCCAGCACAUUCGAGGCAUACAGGUACUAGUUCAGGAGCAUCCCUGAGUAAGAGUGGGUAUCACUCUCACUGGUUUAAAGGAUCAGAGAUUCAGAGAGAGGAGAAAGUUAUACUGGAAGAUGAAAUUGAAGAAUUAAAAUUAAGGCUUGAACGAUGUGAUGAAAUGACAUUUUUGAAAGCAUUCCAACUUAUCGACACACUGAAUAUUAAUUUUAUCGAUUUUACUUCAAUAGAGAGAUUUAUGAAAGAGGAUUGGGGCUUUAAGAAGCGACAUAUUAGAGCAGUAAUCUCCUAUCUCGAUCAAACAGGAAAUGAAAAAGUGACUUUUAACGAAUUCAUAAUUUCCCUUACACCUACUACAAGAGCGCCAAGAGUCGAAGAUAUUCCCGAAAUAAUCAGCUACAGUCCUAGAAAAGCAGCUCUAGAAGACUCUCUGCCUCCUAAAUUCAACGAAUCCUACACGACAAAGAAAUAAAAGUCUCAAACUUAAGUCUAAGACCCGUUCAUCCAAAGUGUUUCCUCUGCGUAAUAACAAAACUCACCGUAUUUUUCACACAAAUCUAAACACUUCAAAAAAUUCACGUACAAAAUCUAAAUCCAAGCUUUCUUCAAAAUGCUCCAAAUGCUCUAAUACAACAUGGCUAAAAAUGUCUAAAAUCAUUAAGAAAAACACCAUUAAAGCAAAACCCAAAACUUCUCACUCUAAGCUGAAAAAGAAAGCGAAGCCCUUAAAGCCCAAAGACAAAACUUUAUAAUCCUGCGUCGCCUUAAAGAAAAAGAGCAGACAAAUCUGGCAAAGGUUCAAGAAAGAAGAAGGCAGUGCCAAGCAAAGCUUGAGGAGCAGAAUGAGACUGUGAGGAAGAAGAUUUUUAGGGGAAGUGAGUGUGAAGAGGAAAUUGGGGAGCAGAGAAGGAUGAGAGGAAGAGGAAGAGAGGGGUUGAAGGAGGAUGAGAGGAUUGGAAAUAGGGAGGAGAAAGAUGUGGAGAGAUUGGAUAUUUCACCUUUAAGGCAUAAGUCUUUUGAUAGAGUAAAAACUACUAAGAAUGUAACUUUUCAAGAUCAGAGUCCAGAGUAUAAUCUCCCAAAACAGAUGUUGAGUGGGAAGAAAAUUGAUCGUCCUCCCUUGCCAAACUCAAGCAAAAAUAUAAGAAUGGAAGACAGGAUAAGAAACUCCCAGGAACUGAGGCAUAAAGCUUCCUAUAAGCCAGCAUCUUAUAUAAAGCCCUUCAGCAAAUUAAGAUCUGAAGUAUCUCCUGCUUACCAUACAUCAGCUCACUACUCGAGGAGGAUAUCCCCGCUAAGGCCUGCACCGAGUCAUUUGCCUGAUAGGCCACUGAUUAACUCAAAUACUUACAGUGGUAAGAACUCUCACAGGGAAAGCUACUCCACUCACAAGGCUUCUGAUCGAAGCUUCAAAAUCCAGCAUGAAGAAAGCAAAGCUUCUCCAAAGCAUAACAAGGACCUGGUGACAAUACUCAACGUUCUUAAGGAUCAAAUUUCUUUUGAAAACAACAUUGAAAGAGCUAGAAUCAGACUGGCUUAUACAUCAGACUUUAACCUUAUGGAUGCAUUCAGGAUCUUUGAUAUUGAUGGCCAAGGGACUAUACAACCCUCAGAUUUGUUAAAAGGACUUGAAAAUCUUGGAAUAAUCAGCAACGCUAAUCUUCCAACUAUCCUAGACAAAGACUCAGUAUUCUUGUUCAUGAUGAGAUAUGAUAAUGAUCAUGAUGGAAGGAUGAAAUACUCUGAUUUUUGAGAUGCUUUUACUCCUAAAGAGCUAAAACUCUCAGCAGAGAUCCACUCUCGGCCUCCCUAUAAUAUUUAUUCAGAGGGAGAUCCAUCGAAAUACUUCAGCCCGGAGACCAGAGCUCUAUUGAGGCAAGCUUUCAGAGUCCAUUUCGAGUCUGAGCUCAAAACUGAAAAGAUAAGACAAAGCUUGAUGCUUAAUGUAAAUGAAGCAUUUAAGCUUCUUGACUCAGAUCUUGAUGGGUAUAUUUCCAAGAAAGAGCUUGCACAAGCUUUUGAGACGAAUCAGAUCUUCUUGAACCAACAGGAUAUAGAUUUUAUCAUGGACCGUUAUGACCAAAACAAGGAUAGUAGAAUCUCCUUCAAAGAGUUUACAGAUGAACUGACACAGAGGAUCACAAUUCAUUAUUAA